AUGCGGCGACCCUCCAGCCUGACGGCGCUCAUCGCCGGCGUCAUAUUGAGCAUCCUUCUUAUAAGCUUUUGGGCAAAGAGACAGGCUUGGUUUCCAGCAACCGCCUAUCUGCAUGAGCCGUCCGCCGCUCACUCGUACAAAGCACCGUCGACAUCCUUGGGCGCGACGGACAGCGCAGUCUCUCCAGACCCCGAUCUUACGCGAGACAUCUACAACAGCACAUUGGGCUUCGAGAAGAUAUUCGUCGUCAGCUUGCCGUCUCGCACAGACCGACGCGACAGCAUAAUCUUGGCCGCCGCGCUCAGCAACAUCGAAUUCGAGUUCAUCGACGGUGUGGAUGGCUCCCUAAUCCCAGACACAGUCAUCCCCAGCGGCCCAAAGCAGGGCCGCCUACCGGAUGCACCACUCGGAUGUUGGCGUGCACAUAUGAACGCGAUACAAGAGACUGUCCGCAGGAACCUGGGCUCGGUCUUGAUAUUGGAAGACGACGUAGACUGGGAUGUGCGGAUAAGAGAUCAACUGCGCGACUUCGCGUUGUCGUCUCGGGCCCUGACGCAGCCCCUCGCAUCCACACCCAAGUCAUACGCCGACAAGACGUUUCCGAGACCAUCGGACAACUCUCCGGUAGCAGUGCCAGAUAUCCAUCUGAACGACUUGCCGGCAACGAUAGCACCCCAAAAAUCGCCGUACGGGGAUAAUUGGGAUCUGUUCUGGCUUGGGCACUGCGGGAUGCACUUCCCCUUCACCGAGAGCAAGGCUAUUCCCAAGGGCCGCGUGGUCUACACAGAAGAAACAGUGCCCCAGACGCAGCAUCUGUGGACUCUCUCAGACCCCAACGACAUCAAGGAGCAGUACCCGAACCACACGCGCGUCGUGCACCACGCCCAGGACGGCAUCUGCUCGGGAGGGUAUGCAGUGACCCAAAAGUCGGCGCGCAAUGUCUUGUACGAGCUGGGUCUCAAGGACAUGAACGCGGCGUACGAUAUCCUGCUGCGGUGGUUCUGCGAGAACGGCGGAGAGCCGAGCCGGGGACACCACCAUUGCCUGACAGUGCAGCCGCCGCUCUUUGGGAUUCAUCUGCCGGCCCAACCAAAGUCGCACAACAGCGAUAUCUCGGAUCAUGGGGAAGGGUUUCAGGAGAAGAAGACGGAGAAUGUGCGAUACUCGGUUAAGAUGAACAUACAGGCGCUGCUCAAGGGCGGCACGGACUUGGUGGAUCAGUUUCCCGAUGUCGAUUGA